CCUUUAAAUCCGAGUCUUACUGUAUUCCCCAUAAUCUUUUGCCUUCCCCAAGACACAUUCGUCUCUCUCUUCCGCUUCAAAGAGCUAUCAACUUUUUGUUUUCUGAAAUGGCAACAGGAGAAAUGAAACCGGAAACUAAGAAAACAGAACAGAAGCAAUUCCCACAAGUCAAAGAUCCAACACCACCUCUUGCACUUCCAUACAAGACAUGCAACUUGAAGGUUUCCAUUCACUGCGAAGGCUGCAAAAGAAAAGUGAAAAAAAUCCUUACCAGCAUUGAAGGUGUUUAUAGAGUGGACAUUGAUGUGAAGCAGAACAAUGUAACGGUGAUGGGAAUUGUCUCACCAGAGAUUCUGUUAAAGAAGCUUCACAAGGCAGGCAAAAACGCCGAUCUAGUGCCGGAGAUACCCGACCCGGUAGAGAACAAACCCCACGACCCGAAAAAGAAGAAUAAAAAGAAGAAAGAAGAAAAAUCGGAAAUAACCGAUAAAGUUACCUCUCCCGGUUCUGAUAAACCGGAAUCUGAAAAACCUGACGGCGCUGGAAAGUGUAGUUCCGGCGAUAACAGUGAAGCUUGUGUUCCAGUUAAAGAGGAUAAAUGCGAAAUUCUCAAAAAGAAAGACUCUGCUCCGGCAGAUUCUUCGUUACCGUCACUGGUGGAUUCUCCGGCAUCGACAGAAUCUCCAGCACCGACGGCGGAGAAGAAAGCUGAAGAAAGCAGUGGCAGUGUUGGUAAAAAGAAGAAAAAGAAGGGGCAAAGCAUGAGCAAUGUUAACAAUCCUACCGGUGGACCUGCCCGUACUAGAUCACUACCUUCGCCCACUACUACUCCUGCAUCAGAAGAUCAUGACCGUUCAAAUAAUCAACACGAUGGCCAUCAAAUGCUAACCAAUAACAUCACGCCACGUCAGGAUAUGUAUCCCUAUCCACCUAACUACUAUGCGCCGCAGAUCAUGUACGGCGUAAGCUAUAACGUUGCUCAACCUCCGGUGAGCGUAGACGCUGCAUCGUAUUACUCUCCUGCGACACCUCAUUCGUAUGCGUAUAUGCACCCAGGCUAUCUACCGUCCGAUCAAAACCCGUAUCCAUCUCGACCGUCCGAUUCGUUUGAGUUAUUCAGCGAUGAGAACCCAAACGGUUGUUCGGUGAUGUGAUUCUGAACGAAGAAGGCAAUUACUAAAGUGACCUUACUUUCGCUUAUACGCCUCGUAUGAUUAAAGGGUGGUCUCGUAUUUUAAAGUUGUACACGUCGAAGUGAGUUAAUGGUCAAGUGAAACCUUCAUAGUUCGGUUUUGAAACUAUGAUUAUGUUUGGAUAAAGUUAAGCCUCCUCUUUUUUUCCUAGCUUUUGUUUUAAUUUAAUGAUUUAGAUCCUUGUAAUAGCAUUUUUGCUUUUUUA